AUGGCUGGCAAUCGUACUAGCGACAACCACACUCCCGCCGUCCCGACUCUCCUCGAGCUAUGCUGCCGCACUGUGGACAGCCUGACCAUCAUCAACCUGGACAACGCGCUGGACGUCCUGCACUUUGGACGGUCACAUUCCAUUCCGGCGCUCAUCCAGCGUGGCGAGGCCUUCAUAGUGAACUCCUUUUCCGGCCUCACCACCAAGCACAGCAGCGACACCCUAGCGGCCGUCAUCGGCGAGCCCAGCUACUCGCGGCUCCGGCGAGAGGCAGAGGAGCUCGCAGAGCAGACGGCAAAGUUGCGCCAGCUGGGCGUGUGCGAGACGUGCCAGAAGUCUGUCUACCCCGCCGAGAGGCUCGCGCCCGUCGAGGGCCGCGUCUGGCACAAGCAGUGCUUCCGGUGCGACCAGUGCGGCUGCAAGCUCACCGUCUCCGCGUUCGCCGCCUGCCAGAUGAUCGACGAGCACCGGCGCGCGUGGGGAGGGAGCCAUUGCGUCCGCUGCGCGAAGCCAGUCUACGCGAUGGAGCGGCAGCUCGCGAGGACGCACCGCGGCGACAACCUCAUCUUUCACAAGGCCUGCUUUCGGUGCGAGGACUGCGGCACGCUGCUGCGGCCAGACAGCUGGGAGGUGCACGGGGACGCGGCGGCGCUCGAGGCUGGACGCGGCGCCCUGUUGUGCCGAGUCCACUUCGCGGCGCGCGUGCAGGCCGAGGGAGGGAACUCUUCAUAG